UGUGGCGACCAUUUCCAUACACUAGAUCUAAUUAGAUCUCAACAGCCAUAAAAAAUAAACUGCUGAGUUGUAUCCACUUCACUGAACAGGCUAGACUAGACGUACAUACCGGCACAUGUGCUCUUCGUAUACAACUGGCAAGAGUGUUCUCAAUAAAAGAGUCUAUCUGGAUCGUCUAUCUCGAUGCUGCCAUUCUGUGAGCUCAACGAUGACUAUUCCAUCCCCUGGGUGAAUGGUGGAAUCUCACGAUGCUUCCUGGGUGUGGUUGGUUCAAUGUCUUGCGCUGGUGUACUGAUCCUCUUAGGACUGACUAUCUUUGUGCUGGGACGCAAAUCCAAAGAUACCAAGCAAACUGGGGCAAAAAGCUUCAAGCAGCUCAUCUCUAAAGUUUUCAUAUUGGAAGUCGUUUUAAGUGCCAUUAUCUCUCUCACAUACGUAGUUGACUUGUCAGUGAAAGGAGCUUUGCAUUUAACAGGAGCAGGAGAUAAAAUUUAUGGCUACACUAUAGUAGAAGAUUCCCUUGGUAUUGUAUCUUGGAUAUUCUCAAUAUUAUUACUUUACACGGAGCGAUUGUGCAUACUCAAGGGAACACCCCACGGAAUAUCCCUAGCUCUGUUUUGGAUACUCAACAUUGUGUGGCUUAGUCUGCAAAUUGUCUCAUUUAAUAAUCCUCAGUGGUGGUGGCAUCUGGAGACGCGCUCUGAUAUAUCUGACUUGGUUCUGUAUGUGAUACGGGUGACCUUCCUAUCGGUCAUAGUAGUAUUUGGAAUCAUUCGCCCUCUAUGCUGUUCGCUAAAAGCAAGAAGAAGAAGAGGUUAUUCAUUGGUGCUGAAUGCAGACGAAACAGAGGAGGAGGAGGAAGAGGAGGAGGACAUUGACACAGAGGAGACAAACAAACAAAACAUGGAAAGAAAGGAGGGCUCUUUCAUUCGCAAGAGGACGACGUCUGCAUUUUCUGAUUUCUUGAUGAAGGCAAAGCUAUUGUUUCCUUAUGUGUGGCCAAAAGGCCACUACAUGCUCCAGCUGCGAGUGGUGGCAUGUUUCCUGAUCCUUGUUGUUGGGAGAGUCAUCAAUGUCUUUGUGCCUAUCUACUACAAGAAAAUUGUUGAUGGCCUCACCUUUAGUAACAAUGGAACCAGUCAGCUAGACAGCUCUCUGGCCGUUUCUCUUGGAAUUUCAGUUGGUGAGACUGCGAUUGUGUUCCCAUUAGGAUCCAUCAGCAUCUAUGUGAUGCUCAAGUUCAUGCAGGGUGGUUCUGUUGGUAGUGCUGGGCUGGUGAACAACUUGAGAAGUUACUUAUGGAUCACAGUCCAGCAGUUCACUGGCAGAACACUCAGAGUUAAACUUUUCACCCACCUGCAUGGGCUCUCUCUUAGAUGGCAUCUGGGAAGGAAAACUGGUGAGGUUCUGAGAGUGAUGGACCGAGGCAGUCAGAGCAUCACCAGCCUCCUUUCUUACAUUCUAUUCAACAUAGCCCCCACUCUGGUGGACAUUGGAGUGGCUGUCAUCUACUUUGUCAUUGCCUUCGAUGGCUGGUUCGGUCUUAUUGUGUUUCUCACCAUGGUGUCAUACAUACUGUUGACCAUCAGCAUCACUGAGUGGAGGACUAAGUACAGGAGAGUGAUGAAUGAGAGCGACAAUGCAACCAGGGCAAAAGCUGUCGACUCUCUACUCAACUUUGAGACUGUGAAGUACUAUGGGGCAGAAGACUAUGAAGUCAAAAGAUACAAUGAUGCGAUCAUCAAAUACCAAGAUGCUGAGUGGAAGUCGCUAGCCAGCCUCAAUGUCCUGGGUAUGGGCCAAAAUAUCAUCAUCACACUAGGACUAUUCUUUGGUUCUGCCCUAUGUGCGUACCGCGUCACACAGGGGGUCCUUAAAGUGGGUGACUUUGUCCUCUACUGCACUUACAUCAUUCAACUGUACGCCCCACUCAAUUUCUUUGGCACCUACUACCUCAUGAUACAACAAGCCUUUGUGGACAUGGAGAACAUGUUUGAUCUAUUGGACGUCGAACCAGAGGUCACAGACUCUCCCAGUGCAACACAACUGCAGAUUGCGGGUGGUAAAGUUGAGUUUAAGAAUGUUUAUUUUCACUAUGCACCUGAGAAGCGUAUUUUGAAGGAUGUGUCGUUUACGGUUGAGGCAGGAGAGACCUUAGCACUAGUUGGACCGAGUGGUGCUGGAAAGUCUACAAUCAUAAGACUGCUAUUUAGGUUCUACGAUAUACAGGAUGGGCUCAUCUGUAUUGAUGGUCAAGAUCUGAAGCAAUUGAAUCAAAAUUCUGUGAGACAAAACAUUGGGGUGGUGCCUCAGGACACAGUGCUUUUUAAUGAUGAUAUCAGAUACAACGUUAGAUAUGGUAAUAUGUCAGCCUCUGAUGAUGAGGUGGAGCAAGCAGCCCGCCACGCUGACAUCCAUGAUCGAAUCAUCACGUUCCCCUCCCAAUACGACACAGUAGUGGGGGAGAGGGGACUGAAACUGAGUGGGGGAGAGAAGCAGCGAGUGUGCAUAGCUAGAACCAUCCUUAAAGCACCAGCUGUCAUACUUCUAGAUGAAGCCACAUCUGCUCUUGACACGGAGACAGAGAGGAACAUACAGUCAUCCCUCAUGAAAGUGUGUCAGGGACGAACUACAAUCAUUGUGGCUCACAGACUCUCUACUAUCAUACAUGCCAAUGUGAUACUAGUACUAAAGGAAGGAGAGAUUGUUGAGAGGGGCACUCAUGAGCACCUGUUGGUCCAGGACGGAGUAUAUGCCUCGAUGUGGGCGCAGCAGCAACGGAGUCUGGAAAUGGGUGGAGCCAUGGACCAAAUUGAGGGUGGAAGGCUGGGAGAUUCCAAACUGUAAACAUGCCACUCCACUCCUUUCUACAGUGCAUACAUUAUAGAUAUAAUUUUAUGCAGUAUUUAAUUCUUAUUAAUAUUUUAUCCUUUUUACGUUGUUAGUUGUGUAAUAACUCACUAUAAAAAACAAUAUUUUUUCAUUCUAAAAAAAUAAAUUGUUCACUACACAAAACACAA